AUGUUACUGGGAACCAUGAACUUUCUGCUUUCUUUUCUCUGGGGCUUGCCUUUUCUGCUCUCUAUCCACACUGCCCAGCUUUCCCAGGCGGCCCCUACACAAGGAAAGGAGUACAAAUCCACACAAGUGGUUUCCUUCAUGGACGUAUAUGACCGCAGUGUGUGCCAGGUUCGGGAGACCCUGGUGGACGUACUCCAGGAGUAUCCAGAUGAGGUGGAGUACAUGUUCAAGCCAUCCUGUGUACCACUGAUGAGAUGUGCAGGCUGCUGCAGUGAUGAAAGUCUGGAGUGUGCGCCAACAGGGUGGUACAACGUCACAUUGCAGAUCUUGAGAAUUAAGCCUUACGUCAGUCAGCACUUUGUAGAAAAGAGUUUCCAGCAGCACAGCCAGUGUGAAUGCAGACCAAAGAAAGAAAUUAAAGGCCAACAGGAAAAAAAAGCAAAACGAGGAAAGGGCCUUAAACGAAAGCGCAAGAAAAUCCGGUACAAAUCGCACCGCUUGUACGUUUGUAUCGUGUGCUCACUAAAAUACAAAGCACCUAAUCAUUGUGAGCCUUGCACAGACACAGAGAGGAGAAAACACUUGUUUGUCCAAGACCCCCAGACCUGUAAAUGUUCCUGUAAAAACACAGACUCACGUUGCAAAACGAGGCAGCUUGAGUUAAACGAAAGGACUUGCAGGUUGGUUUUUACGUCACACAUGGAAACAAAUGCAAUGCAAAGAUAG